AAAACCGCCGCUGGACGCCAUCUCUUUCUUUCGCCUUCUUCACCACCGUUCGUCUGCAACUCCGCUGCUCACCCGACUCGUUCUUCUUCCUAUCCAGGUCAGUUCCUUCUCCCGCCGCCAUGAUUGUCUCAGUUUCCGAUUCGGCUACCCCAUCGUCCAAUUCUCGCCAAGCCGGCCAAUCGGCCUCUGACCGUAACCCCGGCCACACUCCAUCACCCCGGCCGUCGCCGUCGGUCGUGCCUGGCCACAAACAGCGUCGAUUGAGGAAGCAAUACCCUUCCUCAACUCCGGUAGAUGAGGGCUCAAGGGUUGAAUUGGACGAAAACAUCAUGGCGUUGUGCCAUUGUCAAAUUACUGACCGGGGGUUCGCCGAUGCCACUAACAUGGUUGGACCCUCCAUCGAGGUGGUGACAGAGGAAACCCUUGCCGGGUUGGGGUUUGAGUUUGUUCAGGAUGAGCUUCGCCACCAACCCGACCUACUAAGGGACAUCCCCGGGGGGCAUCAGCCUGGCCAGCUGAAGGACAUUCCUGAGGAAGGUCUUGACUGUGGUCCUUUUGUGGAUUUACAAGAUUCAGGAGAGGAGAUGGACAGCAAUCUCCUGCUUAGUCGCUUCACUGCAGGGAGGAAAAGGAAGAGAGAGACGAAGGGCCAGGGCAAACGUUCUUCAUCCCACCACGAGGAGAGUCCUUCUCGAGAGCCGACCGUAAUUGUGGUGGAGGACCAAGAAGAUGCUACCCAGGAACCGGGUACCAUGGCUGGCCAAUCCCCUCCACACCCCGCGAUGCAGGGUGGCGACCUCGUUGGGUCGUCUCAGGGCAUUGCCUUGGAGCGACUUCCCUCACCACCCGCAGUGACCUACGAGGUGGCGACCGGGGGUCGCUCGACGAGGCUCUACAUCCCUCCCCUGCCCCAAAGCCUAGGGGACGUACAACUGGAGACCCUGAUCACUCUGCCUGCAGAAGACCAGGCUCGUAUCUCAGCAGGCUCCGAGGACGACCUUGACAACAUAGUCCUUUUGGGGCUCAGUCAGGCUACGCUGGGGAUGAUUGAGGUGGUCGGCCGAAAACAGGGUCGCCAGGCCGCCGCGGACGAGGCGAUGAAAGCAGCCGAGGCCAAGCAGAAGGAGCUGCAGGAGGAGUUGGAGGUGGAGAGGAGCGAUCGGGUCCGCCAUGCAGAGGGAGCGGUAGAAUCCUUCAAGUCCUCUCCUGACUUCACGGUAGUCGCGAUGGAGCGGAUGGAAGAGCUAACGGCCGCUUGGCUCAAAACUGAACCUGGGGCUCAAUGGAUGGUCAAGGAGGGAACCAAGUCCUUCAAUUGCGGACUCUUCCACGCUCAACAGGUCUUCCACGACAGGCUGGCCCAGCUCCCCAAAGGAUUCUCCCUCCCCGACCUUGGCUUCCCUCCUCUCUGCCGCUCCUUGGCCGAGUUCGACCCCAGUCCCUAUCCAGACGGGGGGAGCUCGAGUGCGUCGGAAGAAGAGGAAGAAGAGGAAGUGGAAGGUGGUCAGAGCGACCAGAAUCCAGGGGCCAGCUUAGCCAUGUCCAAAGCGGGUGGACCUUCCGGCUCGCCCGUCUAAAUCCCCCAUUGUUCCCCCAUAGCUUUACAAACACUUGCCUCUCUCUUUUCCUUCGGAAUGAUUUGUCGUUUUGAUACAAUGCUCCUAUGUUGCUUGAUUUUCUAGAUUCACCAUGUGCUUUCUCUCUUUGGCGCUUUACUUCAGCACUC